GACGGAGCUGCUGGGGCCGCCCGGUUCCUGGGCUGGCAAAGCAGACUUUCCUGUUUUGGCCGUGCUGUGCAGCCACCAUACCUGCUGCACCCUCGGCUCUGCACCCGGCGGGGUCCCGUCUCACCCUGUAGCAUGCCCCUGCCACGCGUGGUGUCUGGUCCCGGAGCUCUCGCAGCGGGGAAGGGAGACUAAGGCUGGGAAGGAGACGCAUCGGUCACCCCAGCUUAGCCAUGGCGGUGGCAGCCACGAAAGGCAGGGCGACGGCCUCCCGGCUCACCAGCAGCCCCAUGGCCAUGGCCACCACGGCUCAGCCGGGCUUCCUGGGUGGCUGGCUUAGCCAGAUCCCAUUACCCAAAUGGGCGCUCAUCGCUGUGGCUGUGGCAGCGGCUGUUCUCCUCCUCCUCUUCCUCAUCUGCAUCAUCAGGUGCUGCUGUUGCAAGAAGAAGCCCAAGAAGAAGGAGAGAGUCAACUUGCAUGCUGUCAGCAGCUCCACCACGGCCAGCCUCGUCCAGCCCGAGAUGGAGGACCUGGAGAGGGGUGUGGAACCGACAGGGCGAGGAAAGCUGCAGUACUCCCUGGAGUACAACUUCCGUGCGCAGGAGCUGAAAGUCGGCGUGAAGCAGGCAGCCGAGCUGAAGGCCAUGGACAGCGGAGGUACAUCCGAUCCAUACGUGAUCGUCUACCUAACGUCUGAUAGGAAGAAGAAGUAUGAGACCAAGGUUUACCGCAAGACCCUGAACCCCGUCUUCAAUGAGACCUUCACUUUCCUGGUACCCCAGGCAGAGGUGCCUGAAUCCACACUGGUGAUGCAGAUCUAUGACUUCAACCGCUUUGCUAAGCACAACAUCAUCGGUGAGGUCCGGCUGCCCCUGGCCAGCGUCAGCCUGCAGCAUGUCAUUGAGCAGUGGAGUGACCUGGCGGUAGCCAGUAAAGUGGAGGAAGAGCAACUGGGUGAGAUCUGCUUCUCGCUGCGCUAUGUCCCCAGCACUGGCAAGCUGACGGUGCUCAUCCUGGAAGCCAAGAAGCUGAAGCAGAUGGACUCUGAUGGGCUCUCAGAUCCUUUUGUUAAGGUGCAUCUCAUCCUGAACAGGAAGAAAUGGAAGAAGAAGACGACAAGUGUGAAGAAAAACACCUUAAGCCCUUACUUCAAUGAGAUGUUUGUUUUUGAGGUGCCUUUCAGUCAGAUCCAGAACGUGGACGUGGUCAUCUCCGUCUGGGAUCAUGACAAAGUGACCAAGAACGAGCCCAUCGGCAAACUCUUCCUGGGCUGCCGGGCCACAGGCAACCAGCUGCGGCACUGGUCCGACAUGCUGUCCAACCCACGCCGGCCCCUUGCCCAGUGGCACAACCUGCAGCCCCCAGAUGUGGUUGACAAAGCCCUGGGGCUGAAGUCCCACCUCAAGCUGCCCCUGCCACCCAGAUAGUGGGGGUCUCCUCCGCUACCCGGGGCGCAGGACAGAGGGCUUGUGGAGGGGUGAGGGGCUUCUGCUCAGCAGCAUCUAGACGUGUUUGUCCCACCUCAGUGUCAGCAAAGAGGGGACUGGGGGCUCUUUCUGGCCAAGAGGUGAUCUGGCUGCUGGUGCAGCUCAUGCCCUAUGUAAUGCCCGGAGUGGAGCAGCUCGGCACCCCAGGGCAAGGCUGGACGUGGAGCAGAGGAUGCUAGAUGGGACGGCACGGAUGCAGGAGCCGACUCAUCCCAACCACUCAUGGGCCAGGGGAACAAAUACACAGAGUUUCAAGCUCAUGCAA